AUGAAAUUACCUUGGAAGGCACCAUGGAUGUUGAAAAAAUAUCCAGCGACACCAAACAAGAAGGCAUUCGCUCAAUUAGAGCGUACUGUGAUGAACCAAUACCUUACUGAUAAGUACAAUAAAUUACUAUCUAAUUAUAAUGUUUUCUACUUGUACCAUUUAUAUCAUGCGAAUGCUGAUCAUCAAAUCGACAAAAGAGUUAUAUGGGGGACUCAUACAGAGUCCUUAAAUGGAAAAGUAUUGGUUUUAAAGAGCCCAUUAAGUAAGGCCAUUUUUCGUAAAUGUUUAGAUCCGAAACUAGCAUCUCAAGAAGCAUCACAUUGGAAGGGAAACACACAUAUUGGGUUCCAAUCGAUAUCUACUCUUGACCAAUUGUUAUUAGAUGAAAAAUGGACAAAAUUUGCAUAUUCUGAUAAUGUGAUUAAGCCAUAUGGAGUAGGGAUACGGCUUGAUGGAGCUCAGCCUAUCGAUGGACUGAAUGAGAUAGAACCAAUACUUGAAGAAGCCCAGGAUAUGUAUAAAAAUCUUGGUUACGAAGGUUUAUUAGCCAUAGCGAAGAGACAUAAAGAAAAUUCAACAACAGCGACUUCUACAAAUAAAACUGUUGCAAGGAAGUUUCUUGAGUCGCUUGCGAACAUACGAAUUACCAACCCAAUUAUGACUUCAAAUUCCAAAUGGCUGAUGUUCACAGAUAAUAACCAUUAA